AAAAGAAAAUAAUAAAUAAAUAAAUAAAAUAAAAAAUAUUCUUAAUCCUCAUCUCAAAAUCCUCUGCACAAUGCCAACUUAAUGCCACCAAAAUAAAGGGUAGCUUUUUCAUUUCACUAUACACACUUCGUCUUUAACUUAAGACAACCACCCCCACCCCUUUUUCCUAGCUCUUUACAAUAAUCCCCCAUUUUCUUCUUCACCUUCUUUAUAAUCACUCCACUAAUCUUCUUUCUCCUGGUUCCAAGAACCCCAAAAAAUCACUUGACAAAAAAAUACACACACACACCAUGAGAACCAGCAACCACUUGAUAGGUCUAAUAAACUUCUUCACUUUCUUGGCAUCAAUACCAAUACUUGGUGGUGGCAUCUGGCUAAGCAGUAGAGCGAAUAACACAGAUUGCUUAAAGUUCCUUCAAUGGCCAUUAAUCAUUAUUGGUGUAUCCAUAAUGGUUGUUUCAUUAGCUGGUUUUGCUGGUGCUUGUUAUAGAAACACUUUCUUGAUGUACCUUUACUUAUGGGCAAUGUUCUUUAUUAUUGCUGCCUUAGUUGCAUUUGUCAUCUUUGCUUAUGCUGUUACUGAUAAAGGGUCGGGUCGACCCGUUUUAAACCGGGUAUAUUUGGAGUAUUAUCUACAGGAUUAUUCAGGUUGGUUAGAAGAAAGAGUUUCUAGCCAAAGUUACUGGGGAAAGAUAAGUUCUUGUAUAAGAGAUUCACAUGCUUGUGCUAAAAUGGGAAAAAGUUAUAAUGGAAUUCCUGAAAGUGCUGAAAUGUAUUAUCUCAGAAAACUUAGUCCUAUUGAGUCUGGUUGCUGCAAGCCUCCUACAGAAUGUGGCUAUGUUUAUCAAAAUGAGACAGUUUGGCUUCCAGGAGGAGGACUAGUUGGAGCUGAUCCAGAUUGUGUUAGAUGGAGCAAUGAUCAAGAACAACUCUGCUACAAUUGCAACUCUUGCAAAGCUGGUGUACUUGCUAGUCUUAAAAAGAGUUGGAGAAAGGUAUCUGUCAUCAACAUUGUCAUAUUGAUCCUCCUAGUGAUCAUGUAUAUGGUUGCCAUCGCGGCUUUUAGACACAACAAACGGAUUGAUAACGAUGAGCCGUACGGAGAAACUAGGAUGGAGAAGGCUCAACCUAGCAGGAUACACUUCUAAAGAGUCUGUUUGCACACAACAACAGUGUAUUUUUAUGUUUGGUAAGUUUAGUGUUUUUCUUUUAGUAAAAAAAUGCUUUGUUUAUACUUCUACAUGUUAUUUUCUUCCUAAGAAAACAUAGACUGUAAAUCUUGUAUUGAUUAUGGUGUAUUUUCAUUUGAUUAAAUUCCAAAACUAGUAGUAAGUAUUUUUCUGAA